GGUUCCAUUGUUGCUGUUCUUGCUGUUCCGCCUCAUAUCAUUCCUCAAGAGUUUCUUAAACUCAUGGGUGCUUGUCGUAAAUCCAUGUCACAUUUGCGCAUUAUUAAAGAUUCUGUUCCAAACAGGUUUAUUAUGCUUCUCAAGUUUCGUUCUGCAAGAGCUGCAUACCGUUUUUAUGACAACUUCAAUGGCAGAUCUUUCAAUUCAUUCGAACCUGAAAUCUGUCAUGUCGUAUUCAUCAAAUCUGUCGAAUUCGAUUCUCCUGACAUUCCAAAAUAUGCUUUCUCGCCUGCUUCGCCAGAUCCUGCUUUAUUACUCAAUUCAGAAUCUUGUACUCUACCCAACACCAUAACAAAUUCACAAUCCAUUCAAAACAAUCUGUCACCAUUGCUCUCCGAUCCUCAAAAAUCAUCUUCCUUGUUAGAAUUGCCCACUUGUCCCGUGUGUCUAGAUCGCAUGGAUUCCUCUGUCACUGGUCUUUUAACUAUUGUCUGUCAUCAUACUUUUCAUUGCAGUUGUAUCAUGAAAUGGGGUGAUUCCACCUGUCCUGUUUGUCGUUACUCUUCUACAAAAGAAUCAGACUCUCUUCAUCCGUCUUCCUCCCCAUUGAACGAGUGUUCCGAUUGUGCAUCUACAGAAAACCUUUGGAUUUGUCUAAUCUGUGGCAGUAUUGGUUGUGGUCGAUACUUUCAAGGUCACGCAUUCAAACACUAUCAAGAAACAGGCCAUGUCUAUGCACUGGAAUUGGAAACACAACGUGUAUGGGAUUAUGCUGGCGAUGGAUACGUGCAUCGGUUAAUUCAAAACAGAACUGAUGGAAAACUGGUCGAAUUGCCUGCACCUUCUAGCUCGCUGCAUUCUUCCAUCAAUGGUCUUACUCCUCAUUCCAACGUGUUGGGUCCUGUCUCGGCUUCCCCUUACUUUGCUGCCGAUGGAAGUGUUCCUAGUUCAAGCGCAGGCUAUAUCUCUCAUGUACUUGGCAGACGAGCAAUGGGUCUAGAUACUCUCGAUCCACACUCCAUCAUUACUGUCCAGGAUGCUGCUAUUGCAGAAAAAGUAGAUGCACUGGGUCUAGAGUACUCGCAUAUGCUACAGUCUCAGCUUGAUACGCAGCGUAAAUGGUUUGAACGACAACUUACCAAAAUUGAAAAUGCAAAUACACUGCGCGAAGCAUAUCGACAGACAUGUGCAGAGAGGGAUUCGCUUUUGAGUGUAGUCAAUCAGCAUGUACGUGAAAAAAAGCAAACGGAUCGCAAAAUGGAACAGCUAUGUGAUAGGCUAGGUGCGCUAGAGCGAGAUACGCGCGAGGAACAGGCAUUGAAUUCCGGCUUGCAGGAUAAUCUAGUCAAGCUAAGAGCAGAUUUGGAAGCAAGUCUGCAUGCUGGUUGUAAAAAAGAUGCAUUGAUAUCAGAAUUGCAGGAACAAGUCAGAGAUGUAAUGUUUUAUGUGGAAACACUACAAAAGGUU